UCUCCGGUUGAGGACGCAUUUGCUGGACGCCCCCGCUCCCCGGCCAGGGGGGAAGGCAAGCUGGUGGCGGCCCCCCCGCUCACCACAGCCCCAGCCGUUAUGUCGAAAGUGCGGCCGGCCGAGGACCGGCCCGGGUUUCCCUUGCCUGUGGGGCGGGGCGCCGGCUCCUCCACCGCGGGGACCAUGGCGCAGUCCGGCAAGCUGCCGCGGGAGCAGAAGUAUGACCGGCAGCUGAGGUUGUGGGGUGAUCAUGGACAAGAGGCUUUGGAAUCUGCUCAUGUCUGCCUGAUAAAUGCAACAGCAACAGGAACGGAGAUUCUUAAAAAUUUAAUCUUGCCAGGUAUUGGCUCAUACACAAUUAUUGAUGGAAAUCAAGUCAGCGGAGAAGAUGUUGGAAAUAAUUUUUUUCUUCAAAGAAGCAGUAUUGGCAAGAAUCGGGCUCAGGCAGUCAUGGAACUGUUGCAAGAGUUAAAUAGUGAUGUCUCCGGAAAUUUUGUGGAAGAGAGCCCAGAAAAACUUCUGGACAGCAAUUCUGCAUUUUUCUGUAGUUUUAACAUUGUGGUUGCAACUCAACUUUCAGAAAGUACAUUACUGCAUUUAGCUGAAAUUCUGUGGAAUGCCUGCAUCCCCUUCUUAGUCUGUAGGACGUAUGGACUAAUUGGAUAUAUGAGGAUUGUUAUAAAAGAACAUCCAGUUAUAGAAUCCCAUCCAGACAAUGCGUUAGAAGACCUAAGGCUGGAUAAGCCAUUUCCUGAGCUGAGAGAUCAUAUUCAGUCUUAUGACUUGGACUCUAUGGAAAGAAAGGACCAUAGUCACACUCCUUGGAUUGUGAUCAUAGCUAAGUAUCUUGACCAGUGGACCAGGGAGAAGAAUGGCCAGAUGCCUAAAACCUACAAGGAAAAAGAAGCCUUCAGAGAUUUGAUCAGACGAGGGAUUCUAAAAAAUGACAGUGGAAUUGCAGAAGAUGAAGAAAACUUUGAAGAGGCUAUUAAAAAUGUGAACACAGCAUUGGGUACGACUAAGAUUCCAAGCAGUAUUGAAGACAUAUUUAAUGAUGAUCAUUGCUUAACUAUUACAAAGCAGACUCCAUCCUUUUGGAUUUUAGCUCGAGCUGUGAAGGAGUUUGUGGCUAAAGAAGGUCAAGGAACUUUACCUGUUCGAGGCACAAUUCCUGAUAUGACCUCUGAUUCUGACAAAUUUAUCAAAUUGCAAAAUGUGUACCGUGAAAAGGCCAAAAAAGAUGCCAUAGCUGUGGGCAAGCAUGCUGCCAAGCUGCUUCAGGCCAUUGGCAAGGCACCAGAAUCCAUUUCACAGAAAGAAUUAAAAUUACUCUGUAGCAACUCAGCAUUUCUUCGAGUGGUGAGGUGUAGAUCACUGGCUGAGGAAUAUGGCUUAAACUCUGUUAACAAGGAUGAAAUCAUUUCCAACAUGGGUAAUCCAGAUAAUGAGAUAGUACUGUACUUGUUGCUCAGAGCUGUUGACAGAUUCCAAAAACAAUAUGGUCGAUUUCCAGGAGUGCAUAAUUAUGAAAUCGAAGAGGAUGUUGGCAAAUUGAAGUCUUGCCUCAUUGGAUUUCUCCAGGAAUAUGAGCUACCUAUCGUAGUGAAGGAUGAGUAUAUCCAUGAAUUCUGUCGCUAUGGAGCUGCUGAGCCUCAUUCCAUUGCUGCGUUCCUGGGAGGAGCUGCUGCUCAAGAGGCUAUCAAAAUAAUCACAAGACAAUUUAUCAUUUUUAAUAAUACCUAUAUUUACAGUGGAGUGACACAGACCUCAGCAACUUUCAAACUGUAGAAGAAAAACAGUAUGAAUGAAACUGAAAUGGCCUUCAGGAUGUGCUGUGUGUAAAAUACUGUUAAGGUAGCACUGCUGAACUGAAGUUUCCUUGAUGCACAUUAAAAGUUAUUUUUUUUAACCUGUA